CCCCCCCGAAUUAUUCAAACUUUGCCAAUAUGGGUCAAACCCUAUCGGAGCCGGUGGUCGAAAAGACAUCGUCCGAGGGCGGGGAUGACUCCUGUGUGUAUGGUGUGUCGGCCAUGCAGGGCUGGCGAAUCAGCAUGGAGGACGCCCAUGCUACAAUCCUUGACCUCCAGGCAAAGUAUACCGGCAUCACCGACAAACCGACGGAUCCGGAACACCGCCUCGCCUUCUUUGGUGUGUAUGAUGGCCACGGUGGAGACAAGGUGGCAUUGUUCACCGGCGAGAACCUGCAUAAGAUUGUCUCCCGACAGGAUGCUUUCGCCAAGGGUGAUAUUGAACAGGCCUUGAAGGAUGGUUUCCUCGCGACCGAUAGGGCUAUUUUGGAAGACCCCCGUUAUGAGGAGGAGGUGUCUGGCUGUACUGCUUCCACGGCCAUUAUCUCACAGAAGAAGAUCUGGGUGGCCAACGCUGGUGAUUCACGAUCCGUCUUGGGUGUCAAGGGACGUGCCAAGCCCCUUUCAUUUGACCACAAGCCCCAGAACGAGGGCGAGAAGGCUCGUAUCACCGCUGCUGGCGGCUUCGUCGACUUCGGUCGUGUCAAUGGCAACCUUGCCCUGUCCCGUGCUAUCGGUGACUUUGAAUUCAAGAAGAGCCCUGAGCUCUCUCCCGAACAGCAGAUCGUCACCGCAUACCCCGAUGUCACCGUUCACGAGCUGACGGAUGAUGAUGAGUUCCUGGUGAUUGCCUGUGAUGGUAUCUGGGAUUGCCAGUCCUCCCAGGCUGUGGUUGAGUUUGUCCGCAGAGGCAUUGCUGCCAAGCAGCCCCUCGCCCAGAUCUCCGAGAACAUGAUGGACAACUGCCUUGCCUCCAACAGUGAAACCGGCGGUGUUGGAUGUGACAACAUGACCAUGACCGUCAUUGGACUCCUACAAGGCAAGACUAAGGAGGAGUGGUAUAACCAGAUUGCAGAGCGGGUUGCGAACGGGGAUGGACCUUGUGCUCCGCCCGAGUACGGCAAGUCUCCCGAGGAACCCGAAAGCAUCCCCACUUCUUCGUGCUGA